AUGCCCCGUUAUCAAGACUCUGGAAGCAACGAUGCCGCCGCGUUGCGGGAGGCUUGCGCCUCUCUCGAGAAGAUGAAACACAAUGAUGAAGAUCAAGCUAAGCAAGAAAAGCUUCCAAGGAUAACAAUUGAGAUGGAAAAAACAUUAAAAGACAAAGAGCGCCAGCAACGCUACCUGGACUCACACAGAGAGCCCGACCUCCUCACUGGCCUGCGAAGCGGUGAAUCAUCUCGCCUCAACCCCCUUCGCCGCUACAAGUUCUUUGACAAGGACAACCGCCGCCUCAUCAUGUCCCAUGACCAGGACCUCUACGAGCCCUCGAGGCAUCCGGACUUACUCCUUUACGACCCUAGCCGGCCCAUGCCCAACCUCCUCCUCCGCCUCUGGGGGCCCCCCUUAUCUAUCCUCGUCGACAUCCUCCAAUACCCCCCUCCGCCCAUCGCCGGCUCCACCCAGCCCUUCUCCUUUCCAAAGGACUGGAUACACGCUCAAGCCUUGUUCUUGGAUCAAGAGCUGAGCUCUCGCAGACACCCGGUCUACAAGUACCACUUCUUGACGAUGGACGGCCUGAACUCCAGCUCCAUGCCCGAGGACUUCAUGGUCAUGUUUGCCAGAGACAUCCCGCCGUGGAUCAUGCGGAAGAUGGAUAACUGGCGGCAGUACUGUGAGAUCGGACGCCAUAACCAGCUGAAUCAUUACCUAUUGGGUUGGUGCUGGUUUUGGUUGCAGAUGGAGGUUACUCAGAGGGUGGAUCGGAUUAGGAUGUUUGUGUUGGAGGAUGAGUAUGAGAGGUUGAAAGGAAAAGAGGGGAGGGAGCGGGAGCGGGAGCGGGUUAGGAGGGAGAUGGAAGAGGAAGAGGAUGAGACUAAUCCUUUCAGAAGGUUCGGCCUGAAGAAAAAGGAGGCCCUUGGGGAAGCCAGGAAUUUUGUUGAGCGCAUCUCUGGUAUCGGGGCGUUGUGGUUUCCGGACUCGGAAAAGAAGGGGAAGUUUGAGAAGUAUAUUGGGGAUGCGAUACAUCCCCGGUAUAAGCUUUCCGGUGAGGGAAAUACCAGGGAAUAUUGUGUCGCUUGCAACUUGUCCGUUGUGGCGGGCAGCGGGGAGGAGGUAUUGACAGCCUUGAUGGCGAACAUGAUUGCGAGGGCGCCGUGCAAGAACCAGGAAAAUGUUACAGAAGAAAAUGGAGGGUUGCCCAGGUUGUAUCCACUGGUUGACGCGUGGAUCGAGAACCUGGGUAAGGAGAGAGCAAAGGCGGUCAAGGCAAAGGCAGCAAAGUUGGCCUUGACGCUGUUUGUCAUUCGGAAGUACUUGCGGUGGAAGAAGACGCCUCAAGGGCGCGACAAGUGGUUAUCCCUUGAUGAGGAAGAGAAGGAGGAGAAGAAGAAUACUUUGCCUCCUGCGAGGGAGACGAGGUAUCUAGAGCCUGUCCCAGAGAAUAGUAGCUGGUCCUCCAUUUCUCCCUCCCGUCAUCCUCCCAAUUCUUCCUCUUCGCGUCAUCCACCCUCCUCCUCCUCCUCUUCCCGAAACAACAGAGAACGAGAAUCCUACUCAUCCAAACACGCCGUCCCCUUGUCCUUCUAUAACCUCAGCAACAGCCAAGUCUCACCCGCACCCGCACCGAUUCCCAGCAAAAUGGUUCGUGAUCACGGUACAGGUACACGCAAGAACUCAGAAACAAGCACCGCUUUCGUCCGGACCCGUGAAUAUCCCUCAGAAACAUGGGAUUUCGAAUCGGGCUCGGAUAGUGAGACCUUUGAGUUCGAUGGUGACGCCGCUACCACCCACAACCGCGACGGUGAUGGAGACGGAGACAACGACGACGGAGACAAUGACAUGGAGAUUAUGUUCAUCGCGACGUGGAGUCACUUGAGUGCUGUGCCUGAGGGUUUGAAUUUGAAUUUGAAAGGUAAGGAAAAGUUGAAGGAAAGGGAAGAGAGGGAGAAGUAUCGGAUGGAGCGGACGCGUGAUAUGGAGAGGUACAGACAUGAGGGGGAUAGUCUGGUGAGCUCAUCAAAACCAUCUUCUUCACGGCCACCACGCUCGGAGCGCAAGUCUACGGAUACUAGGGACUUCGCCAGUGGCAGUGAUGAUGACCGCAAGCUUGACCGCGAGCGUUACCGUCAUGAGGGUGGCCGUCAUGGUCCUUCAUCUUCCUCCUCUCGUCACACUACACGUAGAAAUGGAGGAGACAGGGACAGAGACAGAGACAGACAGAGACAGAGACAGAGCAAGAGACGAGGAAGAGAAUCGUGA